UGAGUCAGCCAAUAGCCGUUGCGAUUGAACCGAUAUUAAUUUUGAAUGUGAUGUUUUAUAUUAACUCUUCUUCAUAUCACUGUCAUAAGUUAAUAUUUAAUAUUAAGAAUUGAAUCGGCAAUAAAAAAAAAAAAUACAUCCAAGUUAUAUCCAUACUUUGUGGUUCAAUGAUUAAAAAUUUAGAAAUGAAAUAUUCUACAUCACCUCCGAUAAGCAGGUGUAAUUCACCUGGUCCAAUUGAGUCAGGCUCAAGUUUGCCGAUGCCAGUAACUUACAGGCAAGAUUGUAUGGGUGCAGCAACAAAAUGUUAUAAAUAUCUGAGAAAGCUAUUGAAAUUUGAACAAAUGGAUUUUGAGUUUGCUUUGUGGCAAAUGAUCUUUUUAUUUACAUCACCACAGAAAGUGUAUAGAAAUUUUCAAAGCAGGAAACAAACAAAAUCACAAUUUGCAAGAGAUGAUCCUGCGUUUUUGGUAUUGCUAAUGUGUUGCCUGUGUAUAUCUUCUAUUGGUUUUACUAUAGUUUUGGGAUUAGGAUUUCUUCAAUUUAUAAAGUUAUUAUUUUAUAUGGUAUUCAUUGAUUAUCUUGUAGCUGGUAUAAUAGUAGCUACAAUAUUCUGGUUUAUAACAAAUCGUUAUUUAAGAAUUGAUAAAACUCAGGAUGUAGAAUGGGGUUAUGCAUUUGAUAUUCAUUUGAAUGCAUUUUUUCCACCUUUAGUCAUACUUCAUAUUGUACAACUUUUUUUAUAUAAUGGUCUCAUAAAUCAUGAUACAUUCUCAUCAAGAUUUGUUGGAAAUACAAUUUGGCUAAUAGCUGUUGGAUAUUAUAUUUAUAUCACAUUUUUGGGUUAUACAAGUAUGGAAAUACUUCAUAAAACGCAUAUAAUACUAUCAACAGUACCAAUAAUAUUACUGAUAUAUGUCAUGACAUUAUGUGCAGGCAUUAAUAUUAGUCAUUUAGUUAUGGAAUUCUAUCAUUACCGAGUUGUCUAGGAAGAAAAAAAACUAAUUGUUUAAGUAAAGAACAUGUUGUGUAUUUCUAAUUGUAAAAUUCAAAUUUUACAAUUAAAUACUUGCAGAUGUUUUGAAUCUCCAGUUUUGUAAAAAUUUAAAAAUUUGUUGAUAGAAAUAUCGUUUUUUACCUUCUAUGAAUCAUUUGAAUAAAAAUGCAUUAGGUGUAUUAUUAUAUACCAAUUAUUUAUAUUAACAUUGUAUAUAGUACUCUUACAAUGUUAGAGUAAGUUUUAAAAUACUUGAUUUCAAAAUUAACCUUUAUUUAAUUUAUAUAAAGUAAAUAAUGUACAAUAUAAUGGGUGUGUGUGUGUGUAUAUAUAUAUAUAUAUCUUACUGAAUAUAGAUUUAUUCUUAAUUCUUUAAUCUGUCAAAUGCUUGUGGUGGGUGAUAAGCAUAAUUAGCAGACUUAGUAAAAAUUUUAAGUAACAAUCAGUAAUUAAGGUUUAUAAAAGCUUAGGCUGCUGUUUUAAAGUUGAAAUGUCUAAAAUUUUACUGGGACAAGAUGUUUUAGGCGUUUGAUUAAAAGGAAACCGUUGUAAUAUUUUAGGGCUAUUUUUUGAACUUGGAAGUUUUUUAAAGUCAUUUUUUAAAGAUGUUUCAACUGGUACUUUAUUAAUAUCUGUAAAGAAAAUGCUCAAUGUUAUUUUAACGAUUUAAUUAGUUAAAAAGUAUGCUACGCAUAUCUAUUAAAAAUCAUGUUUAUUUAUUUCAUUACCUUCUGCUUGAACACUGUUUUUUCCUGGAAGCAAUUGAUAUCUUUCUAAAUAACGCAUUGUAGCAAAUGACAUAUUUGUGCCUUGCAUAUUGCUAACCAUAAUAUGUUUUAGAGAUGUUGAGCCUUGCUUUUGUACUGCUAAUUCAGCAAGUUGUUCAUCCGUUAAAUAUUUUAAAGCCAAUGCUUUCAUAUGCAUACUUGUAUUUGUUUCAUUUACAGCACUUGUAGCUUGUGUCAUAUUUGCUUGAUAAUCCAAACGUGGAUAAAAUGAUAAGUCAAAUGCCAUCCUUUCAAACAAAUUAUCAAAUAUUAUUAAUAAUAUAUAAAUUGAAACUCGAUUAUCUAAAUAACGUUAACCAAAUCCAUCUUCAAUUCUUUUCUUUUUUGCAAAAGUAUAGUAGCUAACAGAUUAAUAAUAAUAUAACUGUUUCAUAUUAAUGAUUCUAUUGCUGUUAACAGAAUUUAGAUAAUCAAAAUUACUUAUAUAUAUAUACACAUGUAUUUUAUACCCAUAAAACAUACUUGUUACUACUGUUCAAUUCUUUAACUUCUUGAUUUUCAUUCAAACUAAUCCCAAGUUUUUUAAGUUGUUCCAAUGUGGCAUUUUUUACAGUAUCUAAUGUUUUAUUUUCAGUCUCAUUUCGUUCAUUCUGAUUUACUUUUGUUUGAUUUUGUUGUUGGUCAUCUAUAACACAUGAGUUCUGUAACAACUGAUUUACUUGUCCCAGAACAUUAUUAUAAAAGGUCCAGCCCACUUUUGAACUGCGUUUCACUUUUUCACUAUCAUCAUCACUAGAGUAUUCGUUCAUGUCUACAUGUAUACUAGGUUCUGGAGUGGGUGGUGGCCUUUCAUUUAUUUUUAAAUCACCGCCAUUUAAAAUCAAGCUAUCUUCAAUACAAUUAACACCUUUAAUGACAGAAAUUUGUCCUUCCUUUCUAUAGUCUCUGUAACUAUCAGAACUAUUUACUGAUUUGCAUGCUUUUGCAGAAUCAUUAUCCUUUCUUAUUUGUAGCUUUCUAUAACGAUUUGUAGGAGUGUUUGUUUCACCAUUUUUAUUUUCUAAAACAUUAUGUUCUGCAUUUACAGUAUUUUUUUGUACUGCCGGUGUUUUUAUAAUUUCGUAAUUUCUUAUUUCUUCCGUACAAGUUUUUCCUACAUUUUUUUGUAUACUAUCCAUAGUUUGAUUUAAAUUUGUAGUGAUGCCUCUACACAAUUUGGGGGACUCAGAUCUAAGAGCAUCUGUUUCUUUUUGUACAUCUAUAUAAAUCUGUCUCUCUAAAUCUCUUGUAGAAGUACUUGCAUUUAAAUUACUACUUUGUUGUUGACUAGAUGACAUAUAACUUUCAGAAUCUUCAACUAUAUUUUCUAAUUGUCCACUUGGCAUUCGAGUAAAAGAGUUCUUGUAUCUUCUUAAAGAUUCAUUAUUAUCACGAACACCAACACUAUUACAUAGCUUUAAAUUCUCUUUCUUCUGCUGACUAUCUUGUUUUUCACAAUCAUCAAUAUCUACUGUAAACGGGCUAUUUUGUACAGUGAACUCAAAACUUGUCAUUACACCUAUAGAAACUUUUUGUUCCAUAAAUGUCUUCUUUGCUUGUGUUUCUGUCAAUAUUAAUUCACUUUGAUUUAUAUUUUCAUUUCCAUUUUCAUUACAAUUUUCUUUUCUUCUAUCUUUGGAGAGUUCACUUUGACAUACACUUCUUUUUGUGCUUCUUGGUACCUUAAUAUGAUUAGUAUCAUUAGAAUUUGCAAGGAAUUGAUUAUUGUGUUGCUGUACUGGGUAUGAACAAGAACAUUUUUUCCUUUCUUUUAAAUUUUCUUCUUGCAUUUUCAAUAAUCUAUCCACUUGUGUUUGUAAUGAUUUAAUUUGAUCAUUUUGACUGUUUAUAAUAUGUAAUAAGUUCUUUACUGUUUCUUGGGUAUCUGUAUUAUGAGUAGAAUAAGGAUGAAAUUGAGGAAAAGGAUAAGUGUUCAUAUUAAAAUAAGGAUAUUGUUGUCCUAAAUAGUGUGGUAAUGGAUAUUCACUUCUUUUCAGAGUAUUAGGAUUAAUAUGUGAAUUUUGUAUUUUUGAUUCAUUGACUGAAUCAUUAAAUGAUACUUGCUUAGUUGAAUUAUUAGUUAUUAGUUGUUUUUCAUAUAAUAAUGGGAAACAUUCCUUUUUACUAAAAACAUAAUUGUCAGUAUCUGUACAAGUUCUAACAGCAUGCGAUGGAGGUGACAUACGAUCACACUGUUCCAUUAUAUUGCUGUAUUGAGUUGUUAUGCUAUUUCUUUUAAUAGGUGCUGUAUUAUUUUCACACACUUGAUAGCUAUGUUCAUAAGAAUUACCAUCUCUUCUUGUAUUAGUUUCUUUUUCAUCAAAACUUUUAUAAUUAGAAGUAUCUUUUCUUGAACCAUGAUUGUUUCGUAUAGAUUCUUUUGGACUUUCUGUGGUGGUAUUUUUUGUCGAAUAAGAUUGUGGAACAUAAUUUUGACUGGAUUGUAUGUUUUGAGAAUUUAUACUGUCAGUAUUAUUAUAAGGCUUGCAAGAAUAAUUAUGUUGCUUCCAUGCUGCAUAGGAUCCAUUGUUAUUUGAAGAAUAUGAAUUACUGUUCUUCUGUGUUAAAGUUUUACAUUCUACAGAAGGUGAAUGGAAAUCUACAUGUUGUAUAGUUUUAUAGCCUAUAGGUUUAUCAAAUAUCAAAGAAACUUCUGGAACCGAUGGUACUGUAAAACACUAAAAUUAGAAAUUAUUGAAAUAAAAUAAACUGUUUUUACAUUAUAAUAUA